AUGGCGCUGAAGGUCACGACGGCCGCUUGUGGCGCUGCGAAGACCCUUUUUAGACCAGACAUCCUCUACCGUCCUUGGGAGGUUCUAGGUGCGCAGGAGGCCCCCCAAAGGAGCAUCUCCUCACAGCAAACAAUUCCUCCGUCAGCUAACUAUGGUGGGCGACACACAGUGACCAUGAUCCCUGGGGAUGGUAUUGGACCCGAGCUCAUGCUGCAUGUCAAGUCUGUGUUCAGGCAUGCAUGUGUCCCGGUGGACUUCGAGGAGGUGCACGUGAGCUCCAAUGCCGACGAAGAGGACAUCCGCAAUGCCAUCAUGGCCAUUCGGCGGAACCGUGUGGCUCUGAAGGGCAAUAUCGAAACAAACCACAACCUGCCACCAUCACACAAAUCCCGAAACAACAUCCUUCGCACCAGCCUGGACCUUUAUGCCAACGUCAUCCACUGUAAGAGCCUGCCAGGGGUGGUGACCCGGCACAAGGACAUUGACAUUCUCAUUGUCCGGGAGAACACUGAGGAGGAGUACAGCAGCUUGGAACAUGAGAGCGUGGGUGGCGUGGUGGAGAGCCUGAAGAUCAUCACCAAGGCCAAGUCUCUGCACAUUGCGGAGUAUGCCUUCAAGCUGGCCCAUGAGAGCGGGCGCAAGAAGGUCACCGCUGUCCACAAAGCCAACAUCAUGAAACUAGGCGAUGGACUCUUCCUCCAGUGCUGUCGAGAGGUGGCCAGCCGCUACCCUCAGAUCACCUUUGAGAGCAUGAUUGUGGACAACACUACCAUGCAGCUGGUGUCCCGGCCCCAGCAGUUCGAUGUGAUGGUGAUGCCUAACCUCUACGGCAACAUUGUCAACAACGUCUGUGCAGGACUGGUCGGGGGCCCGGGCCUCGUGGCUGGCACUAACUAUGGCCAUGUGUACGCAGUGUUUGAGACAGCUACCAGGAACACAGGCAAGAGCAUUGUCAAUAAGAACGUCGCCAACCCCACAGCAACACUGCUGGCAAGCUGCAUGAUGCUCGACCACCUCCAGCUCCAUUCCUACGCCACCUCCAUGCGCAAGGCCGUCCUGGCAUCCAUGGACAACGAGAAUAUGCACACCCCAGACAUCAGGGGCCAGGGCACCACAUCUGAAGCCAUCCAGGACAUCAUCCGUCACAUCAGGAUCAUCAACGGCCGGGCUGUGGGGGCCUAG